UUUGACUGCACCCCACCACCCCAAACGCCCACUGGACCCGCCAUUCACGCGCCGCCACUUAUACAUUCUCUGUUGCACACCACACCUCAUCUUCUCUCUCUCACUCCUAUUUAUGUCCCCACUUUUCUCUCAGGUGGGACUCCAAAAAGCACGAGAAUCCAGCUGAGCCCCCCUCCCGCCAUGGCCCCACCACCCUCCUCGCCUUCCAAGCCGCCGUGCGGCGGCUCCCGCUUCUGGUCCUCGGCGCUGAGGACGAAGCCGGUUUCCUCCGCGGGGGCCGCCGUCGCCGCCUCUGGAGAGGGCCUCGUCCGGCGGUUGGGGCUAUUUGAUCUCAUCCUGAUCGGCGUCGGCGCGUCCAUCGGCGCCGGAAUAUUCGUUGUCACAGGCACCGUCGCUCAUGACGCCGGCCCAGGAGUCACGAUUAGCUUCGUUAUUUCUGGUGCAUCUUGUGUCCUGAACGCUCUCUGUUAUGCUGAACUAUCUUCUCGUUUUCCGGCCGUGGUUGGGGGAGCUUACCUCUACACCUACUCUGCUUUCAAUGAGCUCACUGCUUUUCUGGUGUUUACCCAGUUGAUGCUCGAUUACCACAUUGGUGCUGCCAGCAUAGCACGUAGCUUGGCGGGCUACUUGAUUAAUGUGCUGGAGCUGAUUCCUGCUCUCAAGGGUGUCUUUCCUAACUGGAUCGGGCAUGGCGAACAAGUACUGGGGCCAUUAUCUAUUAACAUAUUAGCUCCCAUUAUUUUAAUCAUUCUGACUCUGGUCCUAUGCCGAGGAGUAGGAGCAUCUUCAAUAUUGAAUGCGAUAAUGACUGUGACAAAGAACAAAGAAAUCUUUCUGCAGGUUCUCAUCGUUCUAUUUGUCAUAAUUGCUGGGGCCUUUGAGGUGGAUGUCUCAAAUUGGUCUCCAUUCGCCCCACAUGGUUUUAAGUCAAUAUUGACUGGAGCAACAGUGGUCUUUUUUGCAUAUGUAGGAUUCGAUGCCGUUGCUAAUUCUGCUGAAGAAUCCAAGAGACCACAGAGGGACUUGCCACUAGGCAUAAUAGGUAGUCUCAUGGCCUGUGUUGUACUGUAUGUGGGGGUCUGCUUAGUGAUUACUGGAAUGCUCCCGUAUAAUAUGAUUGGAGAAGAAGCACCUCUGGCUAAAGCUUUCACCUCCAAGGGCAUGAAAUACGUCUCGGUGCUGAUCAGCUUUGGUGCUGUUGCUGGACUCACCACUACGCUCCUAGUGGGACUUUAUGUUCAGUCUCGGUUAUAUCUCGGGCUUGGAAGGGACGGUUUAUUACCAGCUUUAUUUGCCAAAGUGCACCCAACACGUCGUACCCCGAUUCAUUCCCAAGUGUGGGUUGGUCUUAUUGCCAGCAUCUUGGCGACCUUUCUUAACGUUCGCGUGCUUUCCCAUAUUCUGUCUGUUGGAUCCUUGUUUUCUGCUCGUUGGAUAUCAAACCGGGUGGAAGGCAUAAUUUGCCUCCUUCUGGUUGCUGGUUGCGGUUUUGCAGCUGGUGCCAUCUUUCGUUUUGGAUCUACAUAUUUUUUCAUGAUUGUACCGACUGUGCUUGCAAUCUUUUUUGCUGUGGCUCUUCACUUACGACAAGUUUAUAUUGAUCCGCCUGGUUUUUCUUGUCCUGGAGUUCCAAUAAUUCCAGCACUUAGCAUUUUCGUCAAUAUUUUCUUGGUCGCUCAGCUCCACUAUGAAGCCUGGGUGAGAUUUGUAGUCCUCAGCAUUGUGGCACUUGCUGUUUAUGCAUUCUAUGGCCAGUUUCAUGCAAAUCCUGGCUCGUCCGAGGAUGAAGUUCAAGUCUGAUCAUCUUCUUGGAGGACAGAACAAAAAAUCAGCCGUCCCUAGAAUUUCGGACUGAUUUUAGCACUUAGACAUUGAAGUUUUUAUCUGUUUGUGUAAAAAGCAUGUACUGAUAGUAGCUACAUUACGACACAGCGAAACAAAUAAAUUAUUAAUCUAAUUCCCCCUUUAGGCUCAGUGUAUUCGAACUUUUUCAAGUGCAUCGCUCGAUGUUUCUAACAGCACUUGACAAGAGAAAAAAUCUGGAUGGCAUCUUGCUCAACUGCAGACAACAUCGGAAUAAAAUCCGAUAGUCCGCCUCGUGCAAUCUUGAAUGCUCAGCAGUUCUACAUCAAAUACUUCAAACUGCUUGGAGCUGAAGAAAGUGGAAGGUCCUACCUGUUUAAGCAACAGGAAAUUUCAUCAUGUAAAUAAAUUAUCAAAAUUGAACAUAUAUGAAAGGCAUUCGAAGAACUUGUUGUUUAUUUAUGAUAGUCAAUUAAUCAUAUUGAUUUAUUAUUGUUGA